CAUUCGCAACAAAAACAAUACCCCGUGCUUUGGUUAGCAUUCGUAUCUUGUUUGCGCACUUUUGCAAUUGGGAAAAUUACUCACCCCAUUUUAGUAUAGUGUUCACUUAGUGUAUCGUGAUAUUGACGGAAAUUUAUUCAACAAGCGUAUAAAUAAAUAUUGCAGUGCAAUGACUUCCAGCUCAAUUUCUCAGGGCGGUUCUUCACAAUGCAAAUCAUCGUCAUUGCAACAGCUGUCACAACCUCAGCAGUUAUGUGUGGAAACUUUUUCUGUAUAUGUGGUGACAUGGAAUGUCGGCAGCCGUUUUCCUGACAAUAUCUCUUUACGCGCACUUCUGGGUCUUCAAGGUGUUGAUGAGAAACAACCCAUAGGUUUGCCUGAUAUAUAUGCUAUUGGUUUGCAGGAGGUAAAUGUUCAGCCUCAACAACAAAUGCUUGGCCUAUUCAAAGAAGAUCCAUGGACGCACAAAGUUAAAAAAUUACUCCGAGACUACGACUAUGUGGUAAUAAAAACCGAACAAAUGCAGGGUUUAGUGCUCUCGCUGUUGGUGCGCCGUGCUCAUGUUGAACAUAUGCGUGACAUAGAGCCAGAGUUCACCCGUACAGGUUUUGGAGGAAUUUGGGGUAACAAAGGUGCAGUGAGUAUUCGUUUCUCUUUGUAUGGUUGCGCUUUGACUUUUGUCGUCGCACACUUGGCAGCUCAUGAUCAAAAUUUAGACGAAAGGAUUGAGGAUUACGAACAAAUUAUGGAGAAUCAUCAUUACCAUGUGCCACACUAUCGUGAAAUUUAUGACCAUGAUUAUGUUUUUUGGUUCGGUGAUUUAAAUUUUCGUUUAAUGGGUGAUGAUAGUCCGGCUGAGGUAUUAGCAGCUAUCAAAAAAGAGGAACUAUCGGAGCUCAUUCAACGCGAUCAAUUGCUGCACGUACGAACUAAAUUGCAAAAAGCGUUUCAUUUAAUGCACGAACGACUACCAGCUUUCCCGCCAACCUUUAAAUUCCACGAAGGCACUUCAAAUUACGAUUUAAAGCGUCGACCAGCAUGGACAGAUCGUAUAUUAUAUGCUUUGCAACCACUCAAUAAACGCCCCGACGAACGGCUGGCCAUUGAACAACGAUCAUAUAAAUCAUUUCCAGCUUACAAUAUUAGUGAUCAUAAACCAGUUACGAGCGAGUUCAGCAUUAAACUUUAUCCAAAUUACCGAGCAGCGUGUGUAAUCUUCAAAGAAAUCCCUGAAUGGCAGAUUGGGGAAGAGAACACAAUUGAAUAUUUAAAGCCAAAUGACUUUGAGGAACGCAAACACGACUGGAUCGGAGUUUACCGUGAAGGCUUUGCAAGUUUCAACGAACAUAUUGGCUAUGAAUAUGUCAAUCAAGCUGAGUCACCACCGUCAUCCCCCGAAACAACAUUAGAUCCAUUUUUCGAUACACCCGGUACACAUCGCUCUGGCCGCCACCAUCAUCGUAAUCGUGAGCGGUUGCGCCGUCAACAGUUGCAAGAUCAGGAAAAUAUUAGGCUAGAUUUCUCUGAUGACAUCAAUAUGCGAGACGGUGGACGUUAUUUGUUAAUAUAUUUUCAAAAUACUGGUUUGCGUGGCGUAACCAGCGUAACUGGUAUGAGUAACGUUUUUCGUGCUGUUAAUCCAAGCAGGAAUGCUAAUUAGUA